AUAAAUAUAGCCUUCCCAAGCACUUUUGAUUAAGAAGAAAUAAUCUUUUCCCAAGCACUUUUAAUUAAGAAGAAAUAAUCUCCCCCCUACCCUAAUCCCCCGCCACUGUAAACCCUGCGUGAGCCGACUUCUUUGUUGGGUGACUAGGGGUCUCCCUUUUAUUAAUCAUCAUCUCCUUUUCGUGAAGGACAACCUUCAUUUUAUGAAGGCUACUAAGGAAGAAGUUGAAGAAGUCCUUUGAAUGAUCUGAGUUAUUAACAACUGUAUCGCCAGGUUUAAAUUAUCGACCAAACACCGUGGACAUGACUUUGAUAGACAUUCAAGACUUGGUCAAGGACGAUAAUGAAAAAAGACCGGACAAAAUCAAGGAAAUAAAGACUCAAGAAUACAAGACCUUAAAGAUUAGAAGUUUUAUAUUUGAUCGCAUUUCUUCUGAUCUCAGAACAAUUCCAGAGCUAUUGAAUCUUGUCGGCAGCAAUGUCACUGUUUUUUUGGGGCAUUUACAUUAUUUCACUUGUAAAGAUGGUCGUUCUUACCCAGAUGGUCGUUCUUACCCUCAUACCCUGGCCCGACUCGACUCAAAUUGACCUUACUCCUGCCUUCAAUACCACCCCCUAAAUUUAGUUUACUUUAUGAUCAAACUUCUUAACUUCAAAGUCAACAAAAUUUUAAUGAUACU